AUGGCAACGCGCAAGACGGCGCAGGACGUCAUCGCGGCGCUCAACCUGGCUCCCCAUCCCGAAAAGGGCUACUACAUCGAGACGUUCCGGGACCCAGAGACGUCGGCCGAGGGCCGCGCGCCCAGCACCUACAUCUACUACCUCCUCGAGGGCGAGUCAGGGCUGUCGCACUGGCACCGCGUGCUCGACGCCGUCGAGGUGUGGCACUACUACGCCGGCGCGCCGCUUCGGCUCUCGCUGUCGUGGGACGACGGCACGCCCGUCCGCGACCUGGUCCUUGGGCCCGACCUCUGGGACGCCCAGCGCCCGCAGGCCGUCAUCCAGCGCCGGGAGUGGCAGCACGCGCGGUCCCUGGGGGACUGGACGCUCGUGGGAUGCUCCGUCGCGCCCGGCUUUGACUUUGCGGGAUUCGAGAUGGCCGCGCCGGGCUGGGAGCCCAAGGGGGCUGCUGAGCACGAGUGA